GACGCAAUGCAGGGCUUCAUCUUCCUUCACAUCUUCCUCCUGGGAUUCUUCUGCCUCAAAGCCGUCUCUACAGUAACCUGGAAGAGAGCAGUCGUUCCCGAGAACAAGAUGAUUCGCAUCGCGACGUACAACCUGCGUUACGACUCUAUGCCGAACAAUAUCACAGUUCAGCAAACGUUGGCGUCCUUGCCAGACCCCCUCGUCGCCCCUACAUAUCUGGCACUGUCGGGUGAACAGCCGUGGAGCACAAGGCGUAUCAAGGUGUGGCAGGAUCUCAUGAGUGAAGGUGUCGUUCUCUUUGGCAUCCAGGAAGGCCUUGUCAGGCAGGUGGACGAUUUGGCGACUCUGUUUGGAAGCGAUUGGGCUUGGAUUGGCGUCGGCAGAGAUGACGGCGUGCAGGCUGGCGAGUUCAGUGCCAUCUUCUAUAACACGAACUUCAUUGAGGUGCGGGAGUGGGACACCUUCUGGCUCUCAAAUACGCCGUUCGAGGUCUCAAUCUUCCCCGGAGCAGGCUCCAGACGUAUCUGCACGGCGUCACGCUUGACUCUCAAGACUGCGUCCGGUUCCAUUAACUUUUCGUAUCUGAACACACAUCUCGACGAUCAGUCUGACGCACAGCGUCGUCUCGGCGCAUCGCUCAUCCUACAGCGCGCACGCUUCGAGGCCUUCAACUCACAGGGUGGUCCUGUCAUUGUCACGGGCGACUUCAAUAGCCCGAGCACUGGUACAGACUCGGGCGCUUACAUGAUCGCGACGGGCGAGCUCCCACCAGAGCCAAUCAAUGCGACGUUCGCGCAGAAGUACGCGGUGCCGAACGGCACAUUGCCCAACUUCGUGCUGGACGAUCUGAAGGCGCAAGUCCCGCGUGCGAAUGUCGGAGGCAACUAUGCGACGUACACGUCCUUUGCAGCCCCGGGUGACACCUCGCAGUUCACCAGGAUUGACUUCGUCUUUGGUGGCAACGACGGCCAGUGGAAUGCCACUCAAUACAAGGUUGGCACCUCUUUCACUGACGACGGCGUGCUUGCCAGCGACCACCGCCCUGUCUUCACUGAUAUCACCCUCCAAUGAAUUCGGGGCACUGACACGUAGGGUUUUGAUUUGUACACUAUGGACUGCUACAAGACGAAAUGACUGUUGUACAGUAAUGCUGAACGAUACACUGUGCUUUUGUAUGUAAACAGGUGUCGCUGAUGAUGAGGGCUCUACCCAUGCAAAGAGAAAGUAAUAGGUCUGAACAAUUUUGCAAGUCAUCACUGUCCAUUUGGGAUCGCAAACGACGUGAACGGCAUGCCGAUGCUCGACAGCGGAGAAAGCCGUCCACUCAGGUUGUCCCGGAGGUUGCCCUGGUGUCUGUGGCUCCUGUAACUCUGCGAGUCGACCGUGCUCCCAGACUGUGCCGUCGACGGGCGCGUCACGGACGCGCGCGACUUGGUCCGGCCAGGCGGGUCUGGGUACACCACGCCGCUCGGGACAGGAGCCUCGGCGUACCGCAUAGGGGUGCCCGGCGCCGGCGCCGUAUGCACCGCGUACGCCUGCGUCUCCGGGACGGUAGGCGGCUGCGCGGGCGCGCGGGCGUCGUGCUUGGGCGGGCCGAGGAUGUCUGCGAGCGCGGGCAGCGCGGUGUGCGCGUGCUCGGGGCUGAGCAGGUGCGGCGCCGUCCCGGUUUGCGAGGACGACUGCGGCGACACUUCUGUAGAGGGAGACUCGACGUGGAUCGUCGGCACCGAGUGCUCGUGUGCGUCGUCGUGAGACUGACGGCUCUUGGAGCGCUUCCUGCCGAAGAGCUUCUGCAGCGCGCUGCGCGUGUCGGAGCUCCCCCGUCGCUUGUGUGAUGGGCGUGAGUUGUCAUCUGAAGGACCUGCUCCAGCGUAGAUGCGUUCUUGAGGGAUAGCCUGCUCCCUCCUGCCUCGACUUGACGUGGUUGCGGGAUUUUCGCGGUUCAUUUGCUGCUGUCCAGACAGCGGGUCGCGAUCCUCACCUCGCCUAUAUACCCUGGGCGGCCCGACGAUGUCAUAUUCGGAGAUCCUGGUCGAUGUUCUUGACUGCGGCGAACGCAUGCCGCUCUGCGGUGGUGGCUUGUAUGACGUCGAGGCGGCACUGUACGCAUAGUCUCGUGAACGGAUGUUGGGCUCGUACUGUCUGUCUUGCCGCGGCUCGCCGCGAGAAUAGGUAGGCGCAGGGGACUUUUCUGGAGCUGGGGGAAGAGGUACUUCAGAUCGAGCAGGCGAAGGCUCGACCGGCGAGACAGGCCGUGAAAACUCGUGAGGGGGAGGAAUCUCUAUCGAUGUGACGUCGUUAUCUCUCGCGUAAGGAAUCCAGUUGUCUGGAGGCUCAAAAUACGGAGGAUGAGCGGGUGAAUGUGGCGUUUCGCGUAUAGGGACGGGUAUGGGCUCAGAGCGCGCCGGCGUUGGCGCAGAAACUGGCGGUGGUGACGGAGGUGGUGAUGGGCGUUCAUGGGAGGGCGAAGGUGCAUUAAAGGGUGUGGUGACAGUGGGCAUGGGCAAGGAGUCGGCCAUAGGUGCAAAAUCUGGGACACGCUCCAGUCUACGAGAUGCUGGGGGCGAUGCCAAGAUGAGAAUUGGCUCAGGCGAGUGGGAAGGCAUAUGCUGAUGAGAUGGGGAUACUCUAUGCACCGAGGGCACCGACGCGGAUGGCGGACGACGUUCGUAAUGGUCAUUAUAGUCGUCUUCCUCCUCAUCUUCCUCCCCAUCUUCCCCCCCAUCUUCUUCAGCUUCGACACGAUGAAAUGCCCCCGGUGGCGGGACCGGGACCGGGUUAAGCGGAGUGGCUGGUCGAGAGGGCGUAUGGCGCAUGUUUCCGUGCGCCUGCACCAUACCUAGCCUGCGGGCAUGGUCAAGCCCUUCUGCGUAACCUUGCUGCCUCCCUUGUUCCAUCGCCUGAGAGAGCACCCAGCGCUCCCUACAUUUUCUGGCCAUGUCGCGAGCUCUGGCCGCUUCCGCUUCCGCUUCAAUCCUCGCGCGUUCAAUCUGGUUCACAUCCUCUUGCGCUCGCCGAAUCUCACGUUGAGCUUGCUCAUAGUAGAGCUUGUACAGAUGCAGUUCUUGCUCCGCCCGCGUGGUCUCGGCACGAGCGAUGGUGGUUGCGUCGUUUGCUGCUUUCAGCCUGUGCAGGACGUCCACGACACGCUGCUCAGCCUGAUCUGCUCGUCUUGUCUCGGCAUCGAGGCGGUCGUGUGUGAGGGCAAGCAGAGUACGAAGGUGUCUGAUGUCCCGAUCUGUGCGCGACGAUAUUCGAGACAGAAUCCUAGCGGAGCUGCUCUGGCUGUCGCGGUCCUUUCGACUAUCUGACUCGUGAUCCAAUCGUUCUCCGUGGUACCGUCGUGAAGAAUCCCCGGAGCGCUC